AUGCUGCACGAACACCCGGAGUACGGCACGAAUGGCGACAACGGUGACGUGGCCUGCGACUCGUACCACAAGUACCAGGAGGACGUGCAGAUGCUGAAGGCGCUCAACGUGAGUACUCUCUGUCGUUACGCAGCCUCCUCUGGUGGUCGAGCGCCCUCGCAGAAUGCGUCAGGCAUCGGCGACUACCUGGCCUCCCACACCGUGAUCAGGGCCUAUGGACUCGUCUAUCGCCUGUACGACGAACAAGUAAAAUUCGGGCUGUACGAGGUGGAUUUCGACAGCCCGAACAGAACGAGGACGCCGAAGGCCUCUGCAGCUGUCAUAUCGCAGAUCUACGAGAACAGGGAGGUGCCUCAGGAGUACUUCCGCUACAGUCUUGUCUGA